AGUCAGAUUACACUAAGACUGGGCAGUGCAGCAUGCAGCGGGAGUCGGCGCUAAACCAGAGCUGGAUUGUAUCGGGGGAAAGCCUGUCUUUCAAGCCUUGAGCCAAGGAGGCUCACGCCGCUCGCUCUCGGAGGCUUGGAAAUUUCCACAUCAUGUAGGAUGAGACAGACUCGCUCUGCUUCAGGCGGCAGCAGCAGCUCGGCGCGGGAGCUAAUGCUGAGCAGCACCCGGCGGUGGAAGCUGGCGUGCCCAAUUAAUGAGAAACAUAAUGUAUUUUGGAGGUACAUGCCAGAGCCCUGCUCUUCCAACCCUGGUACGAUCUUCAAUCCCCUCCUUGCCACCAUCAUUGGAUCUCAAACCCUUUCUUCCAUUCCCACUGGACACUGCUGCAGCUGUCAAUCUCUUCCCCAACUUUAAUGCUAUGGAUCCAAUUCAAAAAGCUGUAAUAAAUCAUACAUUUGGGGUUCCUCUUCCUCACAGAAGAAAGCAAAUCAUAUCUUGCAACAUAUGCCAAUUGAGAUUUAAUUCAGAUAGCCAGGCUGCGGCCCACUACAAAGGCACUAAACAUGCCAAGAAGCUCAAAGCACUGGAAGCCAUGAAACAUAAGCAGAAAUGUGUAACUACCAAGGACAGCGCAAAGACUAUCUUCACCUCCAUCACUACCAAUACCAUCAAUACCAACUCUGACAAAACAGAUAGUACAACCGAAGCACCAGCAAUAUCAACAUCUCCAGCUAUAGAAAUUCGGAAGAACAGUGUAAUUAUGACUGAAAUCACCUCAAAAAUUGAAAAAUUUCCCUCCACUGCCACCAGCAGUAGUGUGAGCUCCUUAGGAGAGACGGAAGAAGAAAAGGCCAAACGGUUGCUUUAUUGUUCACUAUGCAAGGUUGCUGUCAACUCUGCCUCCCAGCUAGAGGCACACAACAGUGGCACAAAGCACAAAACUAUGCUGGAAGCUCGUAAUGGGAGUGGAAACAUCAAAGCCUUUCCUAGGACAGGGGUCAAAGGAAAAGGACCUAUCAAUAAAGGAAAUACAGGACUUCAGAACAAAACAUUUCACUGUGAAAUUUGUGAUGUGCACGUGAAUUCUGAGACACAACUUAAACAGCACAUAAGCAGUAGAAGGCACAAAGACAGAGCUGCUGGAAAACCUCCAAAACCCAAAUACAGCCCCUAUAACAAACUCCAAAAGGGAACACACCCACUUGGGGUCAAACUUGUAUUUUCAAAAGAAGCUGCAAAAUCAGUAGCUCCACGGAUACUCCCCAACCCACUGGCAGCUGCAGCAGCAGCUGCUGCUGUGGCUGUAAAUUCCCCUUUCAGUCUUCGAACAGCCCCACCAGCUACUCUUUUUCAGACUUCUGCACUUCCUCCAUCACUUCUUCGACCCGCCCCUGGACCUAUACGGACGACUCACACACCUGUCCUGUUUGCUCCAUAUUGAACUCCAUCAAUGAAUUAAGUGUACUGCAAUAAUUUUUCAGAACAAAAGCAAAACAAGGACAAUGACCUAUGCAGUGUUAAUUUUACUGUGUGUGUGCGCGCACACACACACACACACACACACACACACACCACUUUUGAUAGAGCUCUUAAUCAAUUUUAAAGAAAGAAAAUUGGCUGCAUAUUCUACCAAUGAGAAUCUUACAAGUUAUCCUGAAACAUUGAUGUCUGUCUGUGUGUGUGUCUGUGUGUGUGUGUGUGUGUGUGUAAAAUGAAUAAAUAUCCAUAUAUGUAGAAAAAAAAUCUAUGUGUAUGUAUACAUAUACACAUAUACACACACAUACUAGUAUUGAAGCAAUUUUGAUUGUGCUUUUUGGCACAGAUCCCACCUAAGUAACUAUUGUUUAUGAACAACUAAACAGAACUGUUUAAAGGGCAUUAACUGGUUUCAAUGUACAUAAAAUACUUAACUCUUAGAAUGAAAGGGAAAAAGGAACAAAAGUACUGUGAAGACCAGUGCACUUAACCACUGUUCCUGUCAAGUCAGCAUUUCCUGGUUAUUUAUCUGCUGAAAAUAGAUACAGUGCAGAAAUAUUCAUAAACUGAGAAAACAUAAUUGACAUCUUCCUUCUUUGUCAAGUUGCCACAAUAUUUGUGAGCCUAUGAAGAAGCUUUGGCAGUCACCCUGCACACAAUUUCCCCUAGGAUACACCCUAUUCAACAGAGUUGACAAACAAAUUAAGAAGGGAGUGGUAAGCCACUUCUGCUUUGUUGCCAAGUAAAUCAAAAUGGUAAACCCAACUAUAUAGUUGUCAGGAGUCAAGCAUAACUCAAAAGGGAUUUUAUUUACAGCAUAUGUGUUCAGAUAGGAUUGCAAUAUUGGCUUCUCUCCUGAAUGCAAGACGUUCCAAUUAGUUAUGUCAUCAUUUCAGUGAAACUCUAAUCUUGAAAGCCCUUAGUUGGACAUUUCUUUCUAACGGGCUCCCUAGCCAUCUGGCCUCUUUGCUUCAUCACAAGUGGCAUUUAACAUUUCUCUGUGCUUUAAAUGUACAUGUAAUGUUAAAUGUAAUGAUUGUUCAGGACAGAGGAAAAAGGUCUACUAUACAUACAUGUUCUUGUGUACUCAAUGUGAUACAAUGUGGCAUCUGUGUUAUCUAUAGCAAUCAAUAUAGGCAGGAGAAAUUGAUCUUAGUCUAUAGACCAGGAGGUGAAGGAAUCAGGGUCCAUAACAAGUGAUGUAACCUGGCAGGGACAUCUUCAUCAACACUGCAAUAAUCUUAAAUAGCCCAAUAGUGAUCUGAUCUCCUGUGCUUCUAAUGUUCUCAUGAAACAGGUCCUUUUCCCUCAGUCAAAUCUCCAUGGUAGCAGUUGGUUUUCAUAUCACUGAAAUGUCAUGUCCCCUACUCCAUUUUCUUGAAUUUCAGGUUUGCCAAAGUGAAAGAAUAUUUUGAAAUAUUUUAUGGAAAAAGGAAAUGCAUCUAAAAUCAAAUUAACACUGUAAAAUUUAUAAUCUCAUAACAGAAGAUAUUACAAACUGUAUUUCAGCAGAUUGUAGUUAAAAACAGUGUUUAGACAAUGAAUAGGAUAGAGGAUUGAUUAUAGAACAAACAAAAGGAACACAGAACAGAAGAUUUGUGAAGUAGUUUAUUUAUGCCACAUAUUAGAGGUUACAUUAAUAAUAAAGUACAUUGCUACUGUUGGGAUCUAAUAUAAAUCUAAGUUAUAUUUUAUCAGAAAGCCAUACUAUGUGGACAGAUGCAACCCAUGGACCAGAAAUUUUGUGUCUGUCUUAUGUACAAUAACCUUUUAUCCUUUAUACUGUCUUGCAGACCUACUGAAAGGAAAGUCUUAUUGAUAUGGGAUUGCAACCUUAAGGCUGUACGUUCACUGUGAGGCAUUAAAAAUGAAGUAUUGGAAAUCUAUAGAGCUAUAAUGUAUAUAUUAAAAUUCAAAAUAAUUUAUGCAGAGAAAACUAUAUAAAAUAAUUAAAUUAGUCAUUCAUUUUUAGAAAAGGGUUAUGAAACAGUUGACAAGAAAUAGCAGAGAGGAUGGAAAAGAUAUGAAUCUAUUCUGAAUCUCUGAUAUUUCUGCUGACAUUUUCUUGGAGAAAUUAAAUGAUCAGCUGCUCAUUCAGAAGCAGCAUUCUGCUAUACAGCUAUGAUGCUCACAAGUAGAUUUUAGCAAAUAGACCACAUUUUAAGUUGAGUGGACAGUGGAAGCUUAAAGAUUAUUCAUGAAAUACUAGUUAUAUUAAAGCAACCUCCAUAAAUUUACCACAUUCCUGUAUUAUAUAUUAUCAAUAGUUAUUAUUUUUAUUUUCUAUUAUUGUUAGCAUACACAAACACCCCAUUUAGUACACUAAAUCAGACAGCACUUCAGCUUUAAAAGGAAGAUAGAUAAGGAGGCACACUCUUCUCGUAUCAGUCCACCACUCUUUAAAAUGGCUGUGCAGCUACUUAUUCAAACUAGGUUGUUGCUGUUAUUAGAACUUGUCCCACUUAGUUGGCAGAGUCAUCUUGUUUUGCAUUACAUUCACUUUAGUUAGUAGAAUGGAGCAUGAUAUAACAAGAGCAUUAAAGUUGCAGUCCUGAUGGUGAUUAAGGACAGAAAGGCAGUAAGUACUCUGUGGCUUCUAAACUGGUGCCUGUGCCAAUGGUAGCCUAUUAAUCACUAUACCACAUGUUAGCCCUUUGAAGUAGCCCAGACAAGAAGCAGCAAUCAAAAGUAGCACUACUUAAUACUAUCAUUAUUGUAAGGUUACAGUAACCAAAUCUUGGAAGUCUGAAGGGAUCUAUGCAUUCCCAUACUUUAGGCUUCUAAAAUUACAGAGUCCUUUUUAAGAUGUUUUCAUUACUUUCAUCCAUCCUUCCAACUCUUAUUUUGUUUAUAGGAACGGCGUCUAGGCUGCUGCACUUCCCCCUGUCUCCCAAGAUUAUACCCUAAUACCAAUUCACUACAUUAGUUCUAUUCAGUUUGCUAUGUGAUACUAAGAAAAAGCUGAAGAGUUGUUGACAAAUAUCAAAUAUAUAGCUUUAAUGUUUCUCUCCAAAUCUGAAACUCAACACCACUAAUCAGUAUGAUGAUUCAUUUUAGAAAAGAUAGUGUGUGUGUGUGCACUCACCCGCACACAUAUCCAUAUACAUGUGUGGGUGUGGAUGUGUAUAUAGACUUUUCUAAGUCUAUGUAAGUCUGUAGAAGAUUGCACAGAAGGUUCUGAAAAGUAAAAGGAUUAAGAUCCCGUGGGAUUUCCAAAUUCAGACCGGGGCAGGUACUGGCCAAUCAACCAGGUAUCUUGGUAGUAGACAGACCAGAAGUCAGUAGAAGUGAUAGAUGUUGCUGCCAAUUUGCAGCAACAUCAGGAAGAAGGAGUAUGAGAAACUGGAAAAGUACCAGGGCCUAGGGAGAAUGUGGAAAUUAAAGGCCAAAGUGGUCCAGUAGUGGUAGGAACAUUUGUAGAAGGAUUUCUUCCAUUCUUAGUAAAGCAUGGAAAACCAUCUGUUACAUUAUUAUAAAGGACCUCUCAAUCCUUUGGAGCAGAUUUUUGUAAGUUGAAAGACUGCAGGAUAAAGAAGGAGAUAAGAGUAUAGAUUAUGCCAUGAGCAAAUUUCUAUGGCUGAAAUUCUCUAUCUAAUCCAACUAUGUGCCUCCAAACUUCAAACUGACAUAGAUUUUUAAAUUCUUAUUUUUCCAAGAGAGCUAAAAUUGAUUCAUUAAGUUUAUCAGUCUUAUACCACUUAUAGAAUAUGAACUCAAGAAUAUAUGUUUAUUUGUGGUUUUAUUUUCUUUCAUUUGGAAGGUUGUUUAAGAUUGUAAUAAUCAGUCUAACAUAUUUAAAAAUGCAUUUUCCAGGUUGCUGAAUUAGCCAUUGAUUAUAUUUAUUGCUAUGGAAUGAUAACAUUGAAAUUUAAUUUUUGGAAAAAAACCUGUAAGAAAAAAAAUCUAUGAAUGUGAAUAGACAUACCUGCCUCUGACUACAUUAAUUCACAGAGACAGUAAAUAUGUAAACUUCAAGAUAUUGAAUUGUGUCUCUCUUUGUAUCUCAUUGCCAUAUUGGCCAGCGCCAAUGGGAAAUGGGAAUAUUCAACAUUCAGAGGAAGAUUGCAAUUAGUGUAACUAGAUUUGGACUGCAAAACUCUUACAAACCACUUGAUGUAAUUAAUUGAUACCAACAUUCUUAACUUUUUGCUUCCAGCUAGUGAUAUCAGGUCAAAUAAUCAUAUGUCUAUUCUUAAAUUAAACCAUUAAAAUAAGACCACACCACAACCUUCUCCAAGUUUCUAGUUGUAUCAGUUUUUCAGUUUUCAUUAUAGCUAGUUAAAAGUGCAGUCAUUUGGAAGAUUUCCCAUUAGGGAAUAGCCUUGAAGAUUCACCUGAAUCUAAAAUUGAAUUUAUUCUCUAAUGUAUAGAAAUGCUCACCACAAAAAUGGUUACCAUAUAUCUCCAAAUACUUUCCAAGUGAUAUUAGGAAAAUGGAACAGGAUAUAACACUAAUGUGUAUGGUGAUUGUGUAUAGUAAUUCUAGAAAUAUUUUCUUUAUCAAAAAAUUUUUGGGAAAGCACCCCUAUGACCAUUUUAGGAUGCAUUCCAAUUUAUUUCAACUUUUUGGUGCAAAUAAGGAUAACAACUGCUGACAUGUCUAUGUGUGUCAUUUUUCCCCCCACACUAAGCUAUCUAAAGUUUUUCAGAACCCACAGAGCCUUUGUUGGUGGCCAUAAUUAUUUUUCUUAUAGCAAAGCCAUAACAUGACUAGACAGUCCUAGAAAUGAUUUUUCUUACAUGAAAUAAUAUGCAAAUUGAUGACUGGGAAUCAGGCAAAUGACCUAGGAGAAGGCCUGGGGACAUGCCUUUUCUUAUUAAAAAUAUAACUAAAAUAAACAGAAUUAUAAUACUUUGGCCUGUGGUGUUUAUGGAGGCACAGUAAGAAUGGCACAGAUAAAGUUUUGCUCAGAAUAAAGAGGCAUUCCUACUCUUCUUAUCACCUGCUGUAUACUCUUUUAUGUUGUUUGGUUUUUUUUCUUUUUGUCAUCACAG